CUCUCUCUCUCUCUCUCUCUCUCUUCUCUUCCAAGCUCAAACCACCCACAGAGAGAGUUGCUGAGAUUAUGAAGCUCAUUUGGUCCCCAGAAACAGCUUCCAAAGCUUACUUAGACACUGUCAAAUCAUGUGAGCAAUUUAGAGAAUCUGGUGUUGCCGAGCUGCUCUCUGCCAUGGCGGCCGGCUGGAACGCAAAGCUAAUAGUGGAAGCGUGGUCCUACGGUGAUCCGAUCGCCACCAGCCUCGGCCUGGCCACGGCUGCCCGCCACACGUGCGGACGUCACGUGUGCAUAGUUCCGGACGAACGUUCGAGGGUGGAGUACCUUAAGGCCAUGCGUAACGCACCGGUGCUGCCCGAGGUGGUGGUUGGAGAGUCCGAGGUGGCGACGGCGGGAGUUGAUUUCUUGGUGGUUGACUGUAGCCGGAGGGAGUUCGCUAGGGUUUUAAGGACAGCCAAGGUUAGCCCUAGAGGAGCUGUUUUUGCAUGCAAGAAUGCUUGGCAGAGAAACGUUAAGGGUUUCAGAUGGCAUGGUGUAGUGGAGAGGGGGACUCGUGUGGUGAGGUCGGUGUUUUUGCCGGUGGGGAAAGGGUUGGAUAUUGCUCAUAUAGGGUACGGCGGCGGAACUGUGGGGCCGAUAAGUACAAUUAGGAAGGGUCCUGGCCGUUGGAUCAAGCAUAUUGAUCACCGGUCCGGCGAGGAGCACUUGUUCCGGGAGUGAGAAGUUUCCGAUGAUCAGUGAUCUCAGGACUUAUCAGAGGGUCUGAAUUAGAUGUGUAAUAUAGGGGUGAAGUAGAAUGCGGAAGUAAAUUGCUUAGUGCUUGAAAAAUAAAUAAAUCUACAAGCAGCUACCAGUUUGCUCUUUCUGUUGGUUUUCACACAAUCACACUGUUAUGAUUGGAUCCCAAUGAA